AUGUCCGUCUUAGAGCAACUCAAGAAAGUCACAACUGUUGUUGCUGACACAGGAGAUUUCAACGCAAUUAAGCAAUUCCAACCAACUGAUGCCACUACUAACCCUUCUCUCAUUCUUCAAGCUUCUAAAAUCGAAGCUUACUCUAACUUGAUUGACGAAGCAAUUGCUUACGCCAAAGAGAAUGCUGGUACUGAUUGUAAAAAAGAAAUUAUCUCGUUGGCUACGGAUCGUUUAUUCGUUGUAUUUGGUAGAGAAAUUCUGAAAGUCAUUCCAGGUCGCGUGUCUACCGAAGUUGACGCUAGACUUUCUUUCGAUACUGCAGCCUCCAUUGCUAAAUCUCUGUCAUUGAUCAAGCAAUAUGAGAAAGAAGGAAUCGCGAAAGAACGUAUUCUCAUCAAACUUGCUUCUACCUGGGAGGGAAUUCAAGCUGCCAAGGAACUCGAAUCUAAGUAUGGCAUUCAUUGCAACAUGACACUCCUUUUCAAUUUCGAACAAGCAGUAGCCUGUGCUCAAUCCGGAGUCACUCUAAUUUCUCCCUUCGUUGGAAGAAUCAUGGAUUGGUUUGUUAAAAAUACCGAUCAGAAGAGUUAUGACAGACACGACGAUCCAGGAGUCAAGAGUGUUACUCGUAUCUUCAAUUAUUACAAAAAGCACGGACAUCCAACCCAAGUUAUGGCUGCUUCUUUCCGUAACACUGAAGAAAUUAAAGGUCUUGUAGGUAGUGACCUUUUAACUAUUAGCCCUGCUCUUCUCAAGCAAUUAGCCGAAGAUAACGAGACAGUUCCUCAUGUUUUGAAGAAAGAGAACGCUGAUUCGUUGGAUAUUCCUGCAGUUAACGUAGAUGAAAAAUAUUUCCGAUUUGCUAUGAACGAGGAUGCCAUGGCUACCGAAAAGUUGGCUGAAGGAAUCCGUAACUUCGCUAAAGAUGCAAGACUUCUUGAACAGUUAAUCGAAGCUAGACUUUAA